AUGUCUCUGGAACGCGUCCAAGAAACCUUGGCUACUCUAGGUUUUGGACAUUAUCUCAAUGCAUUACUAUCGCCAGAUUCGAUGACCUGGAUACAGUUUGGAGCUGAGCCUGCUCUAGUCAUCGGAAAGAAGGAUGAUAAGGAUGUUCUUGCAUAUCUAACUGAAUAUCGCAAGAAAGGGCUAGAGCCACGGUAUACCGUGGCCACCAACGCUGCCCUAGGGGAGGGGGAGUUACUUUGGAGUCGGGAUGCAGUCUUGCAAUGGCCUCUCUUUGAGCCAUUCAACACCAUCACCCAAGGCACAAAAGCGAGAAUGAAGGUUAAGCUUACCAUGCUGGUACGCUUCUAUUUUCUGUGGAAAGGUCACUUACCUGAAUUGCACGGUGACCUUGAUAAAGUUUGCAAAAAUCUUGGACGUGUAAUGAAGAGUGUGUAUCGAGAGGGUGAAGGGGAUGCUCUCGAAGAUGACGAAGCCGACAUGAUCGAAGAGAGUCCGGAGCCUGAAGAUACGGCCAGUACGCUUGAGAUGCGUUCGGACAGCCGUGAUGGGACGAAAAGCGAGGGAGCUGCUGGAACGAUCGAGGAGCCGAAGCGUACAAGCACCACACCAAUUCUUCAGAGCCAGGAAACGAAUUCAAAUGCAUUUGGCCUGAGGCAGUAUCUGAUAGACCGCGGUGCCUUGUAUCUUUUGGAUAACAUACCCGAGCCUGAGGAGAUACAAUUCACCGACCAAACAUUCUUGGAAGAGGCCCAGCCAAAGAAGCUGUUUGUUGGGAGUCGCAAAGAAUCAGGGGAAGACAUAUACGCAUACAUGGUCCGGGCAGGACAGCGCUACGAGAUACGUUUCUUUGUCGAAGGCGAUGACUUCAGGACCCCAAUACGAGCCGAUGAUGUUGGAACACAACGCUUAUUACAUCCCUUUAGCAAGACAUUUCCCAAGCCUACGUCACCCAACGUUGUGGCUGACCAAUCCAGACUGGCUCUCAUGGUCAAGUAUUACUUCAUCGCAGCUGGUAUUGCACCCGACGAUGUGCUAAAGGAAUCAAAGACCUUCGCAGAGCGCCUUCACUCGGCACUAGGAUACAUUGCCAAGCGCAUGGGCCCAGCAGCAGUCAAGCCACCACCACAAGCUAUAAUCGCAAAAUCACCAAAACGCCUGGACAACAAGGCCAAUAAUGCGAACAAGGCCAACGAUGAUCCAGACAAAACGGACGAGGAUUCAGAAUCAGAAGAGAGUGACUAUGUCUUCAAAAGCAGUAUCAAACCCACAAUGGCCGGCGACAAACCACCCCGCAUCUCAACGACUCCUAAAAAGCCUGAAGCCUCAAACUCGGAACACAAGAAACCAGUAUUCGCUCGCAAAUCCGCUCCUACAAUCCCCCGCCGUCCAACCCCCGUCGACUCCAUACCCACCCCUCCCGCACCCAAACCAACCCCUCCCACCGUCGAUUCAACAAAUAUAACAGUAACCCCCUCCGCAAGCCCCACACCCGCCCGUCCCCUCCCCCCUGUCCCCGUCCAAUCCACCUCCACCACCAAACCCAGCCCCUCUACCACCAAAUCCCCCAAGACCAUCAAACCCACCAAGACCUCCAAACCCUCCAAACGGCCCCGCACCUCCGAUUCCUCCUUUCCCUUCGAUGACGACGCCAUCUUCGAAGACCUGCGCCGCCUAAUGACACAAAACGACGACCUAACACGCGACAUCAACGCCGUUGCGCACGAGCUGGAAACCCAUGAGAUGCGCAAAGAAGCCUUUUUGGCGAAGUGGGAGGCUAAGCAUGAUGCGCUCGUGCAGAAGCAGGAGAAGAUGAAGAUGGAGAAGAUUGAGGUUAGGCGGCAGGUUUUUAAGAGGCAGAAGAAGUGUGAGGAGGCGUUAGAAGAGGACUGA